UCUAACCGCCACUUCGCCUUAGUCAGAUUGCAUAUUUCCCAAUUUUAAUUUAUUCUUCUUAUUGUUCGAUGUCUGCCAAACGAUGACUGGAGAAAACCACACAGAUAUCGCACCGGAAAAAAUGGAAGACAACACUCCUGCCGUGCAGCCUGUCAGUCAGACUCGUCAGCCAAAAAAGAGAUUCGUUGGGCGACGGACAGCAGAUGCUCAGGCCCAGAAAGAUGGCUCGGCGGUGCAGGAGGGGGGAUCAACGGCUGUCGAGAAAGCCGCUCCUCGAAGGAUUCCUCGAACUCUGAACCAAGUCCCUCCCGAAAUUCUGGAAGAUCCUGAUAUUCAAGCCGCCAUUGCGCUGCUUCCGAAAAACUACUCCUUCGAGAUCCCGAAGACGAUUCACCGGAUACGCACAUUGGGAGCGAAGCGAGUGGCACUACAAUUCCCAGAGGGACUUCUUCUCUUCGCGACAACCAUCUCGGAUAUCUUGACGCAAUUUUGUCCGGGCACGGAAACGCUCAUCAUGGGAGAUGUCACCUACGGCGCCUGCUGCAUUGACGACUACACUGCUCGCGCUCUGGGAUGUGACUUGCUGGUCCACUACGCUCAUAGCUGCCUGAUUCCCGUGGAUGUCACAACGAUUAAGACCCUCUAUAUCUUCGUCGACAUCAGCAUUGACACCUCGCAUCUGAUCGCGACCCUCGAACGAAACUUCCAGCCGGGCAAGACGAUCGCUACCGUCGGUACCAUCCAAUUCAAUGCUACGCUGCAUGGUCUCAAACCCGUCCUCGAACGAGCUGGAUUCAAAGUCCUCAUCCCUCAGAUCACGCCUCUCUCCAAGGGUGAGAUUCUCGGCUGUACUUCUCCCCAGCUGUCGGAAAACGAGGUCGACAUCCUUCUCUACCUAGGUGACGGUCGCUUCCACCUCGAGUCAGCCAUGAUUCACAACCCCUCCAUCCCCGCAUAUCGGUACGACCCUUACUCCCGGACCCUGUCCCGUGAGACCUACGAGCACGAGGAGAUGCAAACCCUGCGCCGUGACGCGAUCAACACCGCGAAAUCCGCCAAGAAGUGGGGAAUCAUCCUGGGCUCCCUGGGACGUCAAGGAAACCCAAACACCAUGGCUAUGAUUGAGAACCAUCUCAAUGAACGCGGAAUCCCCUUUGUGAACUUGCUGCUCAGUGAGAUCUUCCCGGGCAAACUCGCCUCCAUGUCCGAUGUCGAGUGCUGGGUGCAGAUCGCCUGUCCCAGACUGAGUAUCGAUUGGGGUUAUGCGUUCUCACGACCGUUGCUGACUCCCUAUGAAGCGCUGGUUGCGCUGGGCGGAAGAGAGCAUUGGGAUAAUACCGGGAAGGGCGUGUAUCCUAUGGACUUUUACGCCAAGGAGGGACUCGGUAGGACGAGACUCCAGCAGACGAUACGUGGCUCUGCAUGAGGGACUGGGCGGACAUGUCAUGUUGCUUUUGACCGACUUUGCUACUCGACAACCGACAUUUUUGAAAAUGUCUCUUUGCAUGUGAAUGAGGCUUACAGUCCUGGAUACAACCCUAAGAAUGUUACACGAGAUCGUACCCAUCUACCCGGGUGUCAUACGGACGGUGAACAUAAGGAGUCAAGCUAG